ACGUGUCCAUCACAAUGAGCUCCCAUGGGCCAGUAUAUGAGUAUAUAUCCAUUCUAUUUGUAACAAACAGUUAUCCAUUUAAGCCCACAUUAUAUUAUACAAAAUUACCUUCUCUUAUUACUAUAAUAACUGAAAAUGAAAUACGAGUACAUAAAAUAAUCACUGUUCAAAAAAAUUCAACCUCAGUCUUGAGUUCUAUAAACCCCUCUCUUUCCCCCCUUCGACCGUUGGGGUUUUUCUCCUGUCACCAACAAUGGCGAUUACACGGAGGUCCGCCGUUGCCAAACACCAACUUCAGGCAACUCCUCCACCUCUUCCGCCAGUUCCUCCGCCUCCCCCUGUUGCUGAAAUCACUCCCAAAUCAAACAACAACAGCGAACGACCCCAGCAACAGGAACAACCCCAGAAAGAACAGCAACCUGCUGUUGUUGCUGAAACAGUUUCGAAUUAUGAGCAAACGAGAGAGCACCGGAUCAAAGAAAACCGUGAACGUUUACAGAAACUUGGCAUUGUCGAUCUCUCUCUUCAACUUAAGUCCAUUGUUGCUACUAAACGAACACCAAGAAGAACUCAGUUUGACCGAAAUACCCCUCUCAAGUCUCCGCCUUCGGGCCCCACUGAACGCCGCCGUUCUUCCAGGCUGCAAAAUGCGCCACCAGUAACCUACACUGAGCCAAAGGAGGAGAAACCAAAAAGAGGUAGGGACAUUGUGUUGGAAGAGGGGGCAAAGCCCGAGAUUUAUACUGAAGAGCAUGAGAAACUGUUGGGGAAUACGGAGAUGCCCUGGACAUUUUUCGUCGAUGGGUAUAGAGCGGAUGGAACUCGGAUUUAUGAUCCGGUCAGUGGGAAGACUUGCCAUCAGUGCCGGCAGAAGACUCUUGGACAGCGCACUCGCUGCAGCAAAUGCAAUCUUGUCCAAGGACAGUUUUGUGGGGAUUGUCUUAUGAUGAGAUAUGGGGAGCAUGUUGUAGAAGCCAAUCAAAACCCAGAUUGGAUUUGCCCUCCUUGUCGUGGGAUUUGUAACUGCAGUUUGUGUCGCCAAGCUAGAGGAUGGUGUCCAACUGGGGCUCUGUACAAAAGGAUCAGCAACUUGGGAUACAAAUCAGUGGCACAUUAUCUUAUUACAACAAAACGUGCUCCUCCAGAUGCAGAGAAUAGUUCUGAUGCUUCACAACCUGUGAAAAGGUCUCUUCCUUUUGAGGGUAUGGAGCUACCCAAUGAUACUGUUUCUGAUGACAAAGCAGUUGUUGAGAAUACUGAACUCAACCCACAAUCUGAAAAUAAGGCGACUCUUGGUGAAUCAGAUCCAAAGUCAAAGGGUGUUGGGAGACCAAGGAAAAGAUCUAAGAAAGAAAAUACUGAUGCUGGCGAGGAAUUAGUGACAGUAAGUGAAGAUUCAGUAAAUGCGCCUGUUCCUAACAUGAACGGUCCAAAAUCUUCAACUCCCUCUGUUGAUGAGUUGAAUCCAAAACUCUUUGUCAGGCGAUCAGGGAGGAGGUCCGUUCAAGAAAAUGUUGACGUUGUUGGUGAGAUGUCUGUGGAAAGCAAAUGAAAUUCCAAGAGAAGAACCUGUUUCUGCUAUGAAGGAUCCAAACAAUUCAGAAAUCAAGGUUGAUAGCAUUGCUCGAAGGCUAAGGUCGAGGAACAAAACUUGAAUUACUGCAGUACUGCAGUUUGCUUAACCUCUCUUCUUAAGAGGAUGGUUACUGUUCUGCCUUUUUGGGAAUCAUGAAACAUAUCUACUGUAUUGGGAUAGCAAGCUCAUUGGUUUAGGUACCAUUUUGUGGGUAGUAUGGUGUAUCUUUUGGGAUAGAAAGUUCAUUGGUUUAGGUACCUAAUUGUAGGGUAUAAUCUAUCUUUUGGGAACACAUCAAACUUAUUAAACAGAAUGGUUUUGCUCUUUUAGGAAGGAUCAAUCAUGAUUCAUCCUUGUAAUUGUACUAAAAUAUGCAGGUUGUAGAUCUAAUAGAAGGGUAACUAUUUGUUAUUGUUCUUGGAAAAGUAUUUCGCAUAUGCCUCUAUUGUCAUAUUGAGAACUGGUUAUGACUUAUGAGUAUCUUAGAGCCCAUCAUUUCUGCAGAUGGUGCAUGCCUACUAUGUUAUGCAACUAUCUCCUACAAGCUACAAGGGUGCCUUGUCAAUGCGAGUCAAGUUCCUGUUUUAUGUUAUGUAAAGAUUUUUUUUUGACAUUAGACAUUCAGACCUUGUUUGAAGACAACUACUUCGACUUGGUUGAAUUCCCCAUAGUUUUCACUACUAUGUUCUUGCAAGCAAAUUACUCUGUAUUUUGAAAAACAUAAUCCAUAACUAUAUAUUUCGUAAUGUAUGAAAUUAUGAACCUUUGUUUA